AUGGAAAAAGAUUCAUCACACCCACCAAAACAUGAUGGUGGUGAUAUUAAAAAAACAGCUUUAGAUAAUAAUUCUUUUAAUUUUAUGCAAGUUGGAAGGUUCGCAUUAUAUGGAUUUAUGAUAGCACCUGUAAUUCAUACUUGGUAUAGUUUUUUGGAUAAAAGAUUUCCUUUGCCUGCUGGAGUUUCUACCGGAAUUGCUGCUGCUACUGAAGUUUCUUCUUCUAUUAAACAUAUUAAUACAAAUGGAUUUUGGAAUAAAUUAAAGAGAAUGAAUUUACAAUCUCUGAAUGCAGUAAUCAAGAGGGUUGCAGUGGAUCAAAUUAUGUUUGCGCCAGUUGGAGUAGGUUCAUUUUUUAUUAUAAUUAGUGUAUUGGAAGGUCGAAAUAUUAAUGAAAUCAAAGGAAAAAUUGAUGAGGCAUAUCUACCAGCAUUAAAAGCAAAUUAUACAGUUUGGCCAUUAGUACAAUUUAUUAAUUUUAGAUUUUUACCAUUAAAAUAUAGAGUACCUUUUGUUAGUUCUGUUGCACCUAAUCAUACAAGGAUGAAUAAUUCUUUAUUAUCUGAGAUUAAAUUUUCUAUACAAAAGUAUGAAUUGAAAGGAAGAAGAGUUAAUAGUGUUUAUUUCGGAGGUUUAGCAUUGCCAUCAACAUUCAAUGAAAUUCUUGAAACUAUUUCUCAAGAAUGCUAUUUGCCUAUAGAUGCUGAAAUCACAAUGGAGGGAAAUCCAACCUCUACAGAAUCCACAACUCUCACUGAAUUCCUUUCUACAGGCAUAAAUAGAAUUUCCCUUGGUUUACAAUCCUUAAAUUCAAAAGAUUUAAAAUUAUUAGGUCGUGAUCAUUCCGUAAAUGAAGGUAUAAAAGCAUUAGAGAUGGCAAAACGAAUUUUUGGUGAUCAGAAUACUGCUUUAGAAAUGGCAUCCGAUCAUAUUUCAUUAUAUGAACUUACUGUAAAAGCUGGAACACCAAUAUAUAAUGAAGUAAAAUUAGGAAAAUAUACAAUACCAAAUUCAGAUAUUAUGGCAGACAUGUAUGAAACAACCAUUCAGGUUACAAAGGAAUUUGGAUUUGAACAAUAUGAAGUAUCAAACUUUGAAAGAAAGGGAAAAUAUAGUAAACAUAAUUUUGGAUAUUGGAGUGGAUUAGAUUAUCUUGGAGCUCACGGAAGAAUUUAUGAUCCAUUAAUUGGAACCAGGAUAAGAACGUACAAUAUAUUACAUCCAGAAGAAUGGAUGACUCAAUGUGAAGAAAUUAAACAUGGACUUAGAAAAUCUACUCAAAUGUCCAUGAAAGAUAUAAAAGAGGAAUUAGUUUUAUUUGGAUUACGCACAAAAAUUGGAAUUCCUUGUUCAAGAUUUAAAUUAUAUUCUAAUAAUGAACAAGAAUUAGAACAGUUCCUUAAUAUGGAAAAAGUAAAUAAUUAUGUUCAAGAUGGGUUUUUGAUAUGGGAUAAUAAAUUAAAUGAAAAUAGUGAAAAUGAUAUAUUAUCUGAAUUUAGAGAAGAAUUGAAAGAUGGAAGAUUAAGACCUACAGAAAAAGGAUUAGCUGUAAUAGAUGAAAUUAUUCCUAGAAUUCUUAAUUAA